AUGGAGAAACACAUUGAGAACUUCUUAAACAAGCUCUCAUUGAUUUUUAUAACCAUAGCCACAAUCAUCCUUCUUUACCUUUACCUUCAAACCCCACAAACUUGUAUCCCACCAAACACACCCAUCACAAAACCCCACCUCAAAUUCCCUUCUUCUACAUGUGACCCUUCUUUAAACCACCCUUACAUUGAUCCUACCAAGAAAAGAUUGAAACUUUGGUCCUCAAAAUCUUGGCUUUCACAAGUCUCUUCUUUCACAACUUUCUUUCACAGUUUGAAUCUUUUGCAUAAUAAAACAAAAGUACUUUGUGUUUCAGCUGGUGCUGGACAUGAAGUGAUGGCAUUGAAUAACAUGGGAGUUAGUGAUGUUACUGGUGUUGAGAUAGUGGAUUCUUUGCCAUUAGUUAAAAGGGCUGACCCUAAUAACUUGCCCUUUUUCGAUGGGGUUUUUGAUUUGGCUUUUAGUGCUCAUUUACAAGAGGCUUUGUUUCCUUUAAGGUUUGUUGGAGAGAUGGAGAGGACUGUGAGGAAUGGUGGGGUUUGCGUUGUGGUUGUGGAGGAGUGUGGUGGAGAGGAGGUGGAUGCAAUUGCUGGGUUGUUUAGGAAGUCUAUGUUUAUUAGGGCUGAGAACGUUACAUUGAUUGGGAUGAGGAUGACCAGGAUCAUUAUGAGAGUUGGCGUUUCUUCUUCUUCAUGA